UAUGCCAUUAUCCACUGGGCACAUGUAGUCCGAUAAGGUCUGUCUUCAACAGCUUAGCUCACAAACAUCCGAUGCUGUUCAAUCCUACCACAUCAGGAUUGUAAACAGUAGCAAAAAGACGUCUAUCUAUAUAGAGGUGUAUCGUUUGCCGGCAUCUAAUGCGUGAGUUCAAAGACCAGUGUUGAUAAAUUCUAUUUUCUGAUAUCAACAUCACCAGUUAACACCAAGGAAUAUGGGUUUCAAAUCAACUGCGGUGAAGUUGUCAAUAUUUGUCGCAAUAGUUGCCACUCUGCCCGGAUUACCACCAUUCCCGACAUUCCCAUUCAAAGAGUUCAAUGUAUCGCAACCUCCUCGCCUGGAAGGGGUUCUAGCUCCCAAUCAGCUGCUCAACGAUCCGGAGCUAUGGUUUGAAAAUAUAUUAAUUGCUCCGGAGAGCAUUCUAGUACGAGGGAAUAGCACAUAUGCAUCGAUAGCUGGUGGGAAAAUUGUCGAAAUCACCGGUGACCAACAAAUUCGAAUUAUCACCAAGUUCGGAGUUGAAUGUCAGGGCUUCUACCAUGAACGCGAGUGCGGACACCCUCUUGGUAUAGCAUUCGAUACCCAGGGCAACAACCUGAUUGUAGUUGAGCCCUACUUCGGAAUUUUCCAAGUACAUAUUAAAACUGGACAGAAGAAACUACUCGUUUCGUUAGAUCAGGUUAUUGAAGGUGGCAAAGUAUCACGAAAGCCCGGAAUCCCGAUGAACCUGGAAGUGGCAAAGAACGGAGAUAUCUAUUGGUCGGAAAUGUCGUCUGAUUUUCGUUUUGAGGACGGGCUCCAAGCUAUGUUGCUGAAUCCGUCGGGACGACUCGUGCAUUAUUCGCGAGCUUCCGGUGUAAAUACGGUUCUAAUUGAUGAGGUUUUCGGAGCAAGUGGAGUUGCACUCAGCAAAGACGAGAGUUUCGUUCUGGUGGCCGAGCUUGGAGGACAAUUGAUUCGUCGGUACUAUCUUAAAGGUCCAAAAGCGGGAACACACGAUAUAUUUAUUGAUGGACUUCCGGGUCAGAUCGAUAACCUAGUUGAGGACGACACAGGCAUUUGGGCGGCAGUACUGAUCGCCGUUGACAGUGACAAUCCAUCGCUAUCAGCUAAGUUGGCAUCUUAUCCAAAUGUACGGAAGUUCCUAGUGCGUUUAAUGACCAUAGCGGAGCUUCCAUUUGAGUAUCUCUAUAAGAAAACGGGACACCAUCUAGCACUGCGGGUGUCUCAUGUUAUUGGAAACUUCAUCAGUAUGUCCGCUUUGUUUCCUAAACGGGGAACGGUACUGCGGCUGGACUGGGAAGGUAACAUUCUGGCCGCUCUGCAUAGCGACGAUGGUUAUACUAAUUUUGUGGCACAUGCCGUGCAAAGUGGAGAUUACCUACUGCUAGGUUCACCGGUGCACAAAGCCAUUAGGAAAGUUAAGCUACCGGAAGAGGUGCUGCGAAUUGUGUCACAUGGUCGAAAUACUGCGAACACAGUUAACGUUGAUGUUAACAGUGAUAGCAAAUUAAAACACGUAGAUUUGUAAAUGAUAAUAAUUGUGGUUUCGGAGACGCGAUUUGGAGUUUGAAUGUUUUAAGAAAUAUAAACCAUGAAUAAAAAACUUUGUUUUUAUUUAUUUAUGAUUAUCAA